AUGUCAUUUAGAGGUGGACGUGGUGGAAAUAGAGGAAGAGGAAGACCUUCUUUCGGUGGACGUGACCAACAACCAAGUGGAGAACUUGUUCCUUAUGGUAAAUUCUUACAUGCUGCUGAGACUGUUAUGGUUUUUAAAGCAACAUCAACUACACAAUACCCAGCCUUUAAUGCUAUUGUUUACAACGACAAAAAAGCUGAGGUAGGAAAAGUUGGAGAAGUAUUUGGACCAUUAAAUGAUUAUUACUUUAGUGUUGUUCCAGCUGAAGGAGUUAAGCCUGAUUCAUAUAGUGUUGAUGAUCAAAUCUACUUGUAUACUGAUAAACUUUUCUCUGUUGAUCGUUUGAAGAACCCACCAGCACCAGUUAAACGUGGAGGUGCAAAGGGUGGAGCUAAAGGUGGAUCCAAUAACAGAGGCUCACGUGGUGGAAAUAGAGGAGGAUCUCGUGGUGGAUUUAACAACAGAGGUUCACGCGGUGGAAAUAGAGGAGGAAGCUUUGGUGGAAACAGAGGUGGUUUUGGAGGAAACAAAGGACCAAGAAAUCAUUAG